AUGUUAGAGGUACACUUAUUGUUACCAUUAAGGUUAUCUGUACAGUCCCCAGACCCCUCCCUCUCCCCCUCCCCCCCCUCUCUUCCCCCCCCCCCCCCCCUCCCGUCCUUCCCGGUCCCCCCUCUCCUCCCCCCUCUCUCCCCUCCCUUCUCUUCUCCCCUCUCC